AUGGGGAAUAACAUCAAUCCCGAAAAAAUCAAUUCCUCUGGAGCUGAAGCACCACCACUUUUACGUCAUGUCCAAUCUUCUCCUCUCUUCCUCCAACAGCAAACAAGCAACAACAACAAUACUUCAUCGGAGAAUGAAGAACCUUCUACUACUUUGAUGGCAGGUCAUGAUGAUGCUGCUUGUAUGAAAAGUAGUAGUAGUAUCAAUAAUAAUGGUUCCGGUAUAGAUAUCAACAACAACCUCAAGGAUGCUCGAAAGAGAAGCCAAACUUUGGGACUGAGCAGACAUAGCAGUAAUAAUUGUAGUAGGCAAAGUCAUCUCAAACCAUCAUCAUCCUCAUUGUUGAGCGAGAAACAUCCUUCUUCCUCUCCCAUCCCAAUAUCACCACCCACCACCAACAACAACAACCAACAUGCAUCCCCAUCAUUAUCCGAGAAUGAUGGUGGUCUUGUUGGAUCAAUAGCAACCUCUUCUCCUUUUCCUUCCUCUUCCACACCAAUACCCAUCGCUGUGCCCACGACGAAUAGUAUAACCCACAACAACGAUGAUGACAAUUCUCCUCAUGUACAUUCAGCCUCCUCUCUUAUUGCUAGUUUUUCAUCAUCUCCAAAUGUACAAAGAACUUUACACCACAUCUCCUCUUCUCCGAACAACAUUCCAAAACAACCCUCUGCAACCAAGAGAAACAACAUCAUCCCACUUCUCAAUCUACCACCAAGACCUACAUCCCUCAGCAGCAAUGCACAUUCAGUCAGUCCUCUUCCACAAAACAAUGAUCCAACAAGAUACUCAUGGAUGGCAUCAAGUCCAAAAAGAGGUCAAACCCAAGACAGAGCAGAGGCUACAGCCAGCAACUAUGGUAUCUCAAUAUCCAAUACGAUCAGCAUGAACAACAAUACCAUUACUUCCGAUGCAUCUUCUAAAGAUGGAUCAUCAAGAAUUAUUUACGUGAAUAAGAACAUUCUCCCAUUGGAUGCAUCACCCAUAAUUUCAUCCUCUUCUCCAUCAUACUCAUCACAACUAUGGGCAAAUAAUUCCAACAGUAUCCAACAAGAACCUGUGGCAAUUAUCAUUUCCAAGUCAACACCCAUUUCACCUCGUCACGACGAAAGAAGUGCAAAACUUUCUCGAAAAACUAAUUCCAACAAGAGCUCAUUGGGAUCGACAUCUUCUUCUAAAAGUGGUGGUCGUACAAACCGGUCACAUUCAACACUAUUACUGACUCCAAGAGGAGGAAAUUUAUUGUCACCAAGAGGAGUUUUCAAUAAUAAUGGAAUGCCUUAUUCACCCAGAGGAAUUGCAACUGGAGGAAAUUCGUCUCCACGAGCAAGACCAAAUGGAACUGCCUCAACUACGCCAACAACUUCUAAUAAUGGAAAUCAUAACCAAAGAUCCUAUCCCAUUUCUUUUGACGAUGUGACAGAAAAUGAUAUGCAUGGUGAAGAAAAUGAUUCGGAUUUGGAAGAUUUGAACAUGUCUGAAAUUUCAACAAAUCACAAUGCCAUUAUCGUACCAAAACUAAAUUUAGGAAAGAUGGUAGAACAGCAACAACAACCAAAAAAACGUAGGACAAAAUCUUUAUUCGACAAAAUUCCCAUCAUGAUCACAAAAUUGAGAAGAAAAAAAAGUAGAAGCUCUAAAACACCUACGAGUCCUGAAGGGGCAUUGACCUCCCAAAUGAUGAACACUAACUCUCUAAUUUCAAAUUCAAGUACCUAUACAAUACAGACAAUAGGUGAUGUGGAAAAAAAACAACGAUCAUCUCCCAACUCCUCUGAAAAAUCCCCAAAUAUACCUCUCAAACGAACACCUGCUAUGAAUAUUUCUGGUUCUUUUCGCCUCAGCAUUAUGGAAGGGCGAUCUGGAAAAUCUACAAAAUUUGAAGAAAGCGAAGACACUUUUGACAACAUCUCUACAUGCCACAGCAUUUACUCAAAUGCUUCUGUUCCUAUGGUAAACCGUCCGAAGAAAUUAGAAAUAUCUUCUUCAUCUGAUACAUCGGAUAUAACGAGCAAUUCUCAAGUUGCAAUUGCUAGCUCAGAAGUUUUAGAAAAGAAAAAAUCAAGACUGAAAGGAUUUUUCAACAUUUUCACAAAAAAGAAGGAGAAAACUCCUGCUACUCCCAUUUCAAGCCAAGACAUGGCAAAAAUUUCUUCUGUUGAUGAAAUGUCACAAAUAUGGACUUACGAGGAACCAAAAUUGACCAGAGUGACAAGAGAAGACUCUUCCGAUUCAGAUGCCAUGCUUGUCACAGCCGAAAAAGAAAUUGAAUUUGGCUUGUCUGUGUCAAAUAUUACACCAAAAAUUUUGAGGAGAGAAAUUGAACUGUUGGACGCUCGGGGCGAGGCAGUGAGAGGAAUCAUUGAAUUCAUUACAGAAAAAAUAAGUGUAGACGAAGCAGAGAAGUUUGCAGAAAACUACAAGUCAUUAAUGCAUAUCUCAGAUGAUCAUCCACUCUCUUCAUUGUUUAAAGAGACGCUAUUGCAUCACUAUGAUUCAGAUCGUCUGAAAUCAGCCUUAACCAAAAUGAAUGAACAUUUUUAUUCAAGCUCAGUAGAUUUGAGAAAAACAGCCAACGCAGCAGAGAAUAAGUCUGUAGCACCACUGAUCUUGAUAUGGAUACAAAUUCAAUUAUUUCACUAUAUUGAUCAAAUUAGAUUUUUUCCUUUGCAGUUUAAAUGCAUUCCAAUGUAUGUUGUGGAGUUUAUGGAAGCAGUUAUUAGGUUUAACUAUGAUUGCUAUCCAGAAAACUGUGAAAUACCUCGAAUGAGACCGUACUUUGGUGAAGAAGAUGAAAUAAUGGAAGACACUAGAAUAAUCGAUGAGAUCGAGUUAAUAAGGGUGUGCUCAUUGUUCGCAACUGAAGUCAUAAAGACUAACGCAGCACGAACACUUUGUACCUUACACGAAGCAUUUAAGGCAAGAACAAGGCUGAAAUCAUUGCAUGCUCUUUCUAGCAAUGUCAGCGCAGUCACUCAAGGAACCAAAUGCAGAAAGAAUAUAGCUCUUCAAAAAUCCGCCAUUGCUACAAUGCAAGCAAAAAUUCGUGGCCAUCUCAUAUUGACAUCAUUUACCGAGCAUUUGAACAGAAUAACUACUUUACAAAGUUUGGCACGACAGGCCAAAAAACGUCAGCAGCUUGUCCAAUCCAAACAAUUGAUUACUUCUUUGCAAGCAUGCUCCAGAAAAAUACUGUCUCGAAGAAGUGCCGAAAACAUGAUUGACAACAUUACUAUUUUUCAGUCUCUUUGGAGAGGCAUCAGCAAUAGAAAUGAGUUUUUCGUGAGUCUCGAAAAAAUCCGAAAACUGCAAGCCCUUAUCAAUGCAAAACGCACCACAUCAAUCUUCAUGAAAAACGUAAAUAAUGUGAAAGCAAUGCAACGUAUGGCUCUAAGAAGUAUUGCUACUGGCAAUUAUGUAUCAUGUGUUCAUAGAAUUCAGAAAAUUCAAGCUAUUGUGCGAGGAAUUACAGCAAGAAACCACACCAAUUCAUUGAAGAGCAAUUUUAUAGGAUCAGUUGUAAAAAUUCAAGCCAUAGUGAGAUCUCACAAUGCUCAAAGUGAUACAUCAGAUUUGUUCGAAAAAAGUACGGUCUUACGGGCAUUAUUUUCCGGAGCAAUUCAGAGAAAUACUCUCAUCAUUGAAAAGAGCCAGCUCCUGACCGUGCAGGCUGUUUUCAAAAAAGCCAUUACUGAAAGAAACCUUACUCUCACGAAGAAAGCUGCAUCUCAAUUGCAGGCGGUACAUAGAGGCCUUUUCCAAAGACAUGAAUAUUCUUCUCAUGCAAACGCCAUAUUGAUAUUGCAGGCAAAACUUAAAAGUAGAACCAUAGUCACUAGAUUGGAAAGGCAAAAAUCAUGCAUUGUGAAACUACAACUGUUAGCACAGCAAUAUUUCACACAAAAUGAAAAACGAGCAAAUAUUCAACGAGUUCAAACAUUACAAGCCGUUAUUCGAGGAUUUGUUAUCAAACGAGCAUAUGUGAACCAUCUUCAACAAUCAACAACCAUCGCCUGCAUAUCUAGAGGAGCUAUUGUGCGUAAACACUAUUCUAACAAUGCAAAUUCUAUUCGUACACUUCAGGCAAGAAUUAGAGGAACUAUUUUGCAAAAUCAACUGAGAAGCGUUGCUGAUUCAACGCAGUAUAUUCAAAGUUUUUUAAUGGGUGCUCAUUCAUGUGUCAAAUUUAAACGUGCCACUAAGCUCGUCCACCUUUUACAGGCCUUCUUCAAAGGGUCUUGCAUCAGAGAUCAGCUUUGUCAUGUCACAAAUUCAGUGCAGGUUUUACAAUCAACUAUUCAGUCAAAGACUACACAUCAAGAGUUUGAAAGGAAACAAAAACAAUUACGUAUUUUGCAGGCAGUCAUUAGCAGACACUUGGCAACCAAGUCUAUGUAUGAGCAGUUGAAAUUAUUGCAAGUCAUUCAAUCCAAAGGUAAAUCUUACUUGGCAAGACAAUACCAUGCAACAUUGAAGAAAUCAACAUUACUUUCCUCGAUCGCGAAAGGAUUCCUAAGUAGGAGACAGGCUCAAAUAGAAUUGAAACAAAUUGAAAUCACACAAGCUAAGGCAAGAUCCUACAUUCAGCAACGGGACUUAUUGUACAACAUUCAUCAAGUGCAUAUUGUUGAAGCCACUAUUCGAACCUAUUUGAGCCAAAAGAAAAUGAAAGAUGCUCAACAAAGUUCCUCACUAAUAGGUGCGGCCUUUUGUGGGUCUUUCACUCGGCAAAGUCAUUAUCGAGUGUUUAGUGCCAUCCAAAAGAUACAGCAAGUGCUCCAACGAGAACGAAUUCUAUCCAACUUGUCAGUUGAAAAAAGACGAGUGGAGGUUCUUCAAGCACUCUGUCGAAACUUUAUUGCCAAACAAAAUCGUAAUAACUUCCAGAACAAGAUCUCAACGUUGCAAGCCAUAAUUUUAGGCAAAACCACAAGAAAGGAAACUGAAGAAAAAAUUUCCAGAGCCAAAAAUAUUCAUCAAGUCAUUCGAGGUUUCAAUGCAAGAACACAACUCAAACAACAAAUGAAUAGUGUACUUACCGUUCAAUCUGCUGCUCGAAAGAAGAAGCAAGUUAAUACUCUAAGACAUUAUCAUCAUGAAAUUCUAUGCGUGCAAGCAUCAAUAAGAGGAUUUGAACAGCGAAAAGCAUUUCGGAAAUUUGUUGACAAUGAUGUUUGUCUUUUGCAAGCAACUGCCCGUGCGAAAAUUGACAGAACAACUUGUGAGCAAGAACAUGAUCGUAUUCUCUUGUUGCAAGCAUUGUGUAGAGGAUUGUUGCAAAGACAAUGUUUUAUUGAAACCAAAGAGUCACUUUCGAUUAUUAAUAGCACUCUACAAGCGUACCAACAAAGGAUACAUUAUUUGAAAGAUCAUUCUGCGAUUCAUAUUUUACAAGCAUUGGCACGAGCAACACUUGAUAGGAAGAAAACAAAUAUUGCCAAUACCAUAUCGCAGUUGAUUUAUUUGCAAGCAUUUUUUAAGGGAUCCGUUCAAAGAAAGCAUCAUUUCAUUGGUUUCGAACAUUUGGCUCAGUUGCAGAACGUUUUUAAAAGUCGAAAUGUGAAAAAAAUCAAAGAUAAUGCAGUGUAUGCCAUUACACAAGUGCAAACCUUUGUUAGAAGAAAAUAUCAACAAAAAUAUUUGUCACAAUGCAAAGAAAGCAUUCUUUCUGUACAAGCGUUCUUUCAAAGAAAGUUGGCGACCUACGAACAACACAAAGAUGUUUUAAGAGUGAAAGUAAUACAGUCUCUAAUCAGAACUAGACUUGCCAAACUUUCACUCGGCAAAGAAAAUAGUGUUCGAACAUUGCAAGCUCUGCAAAGAGGCUUCAUUGUAAGAUCUCACUCGAUGAGAGUUUUUAAAACUAUUGAGAUGCUACAAGCACUACUGAAGGGAUUUGUAUGCAGAAAGACAUUUAUGCGUUGCAUGGACGACUCUCGAACAAUACAAUCAUGUGCCAAGUCUUUUUUGGCACGACAAGAAUUUAACAGCUUGCACUCGACUACCAUGGCUAUUCAAAGCUUUAUGAGAUGUUGUCUUCAAAGAAAAGACUUCAAAAACCAAUGUCAAAGAAUAUAUUCAUUGCAGGCAUUUCUAAAAUCCUCGAUAGAACGAAAGAAACUCCAUGCCGAUCAAGAAAAUACUGUCGUCAUUCAAUGUGUCAUUAGAGGCCAUAGAGAAAGGCAAAAAAUUGAAUCCAAGUUACGCUUAUCAAACGCUCUUUCGGCUAUAGCACGUUCUAUUCGGUGCAAUCGAAAAUUCGAAGAAUCCAAACGCAAUAUUAUGACGAUACAAUCUGUAGCCCGAUCACACCUUGCUAUAGCAACACUCAAUUCAUUGGAACGUGUCACAUUAUUACAAGCCUUAUUGCGACGAUGUUUAGAAAAAAAGAGGCAAAACAAAUUUGCUAUUAUGAAGGCGUUCAUUGAUGGCUGUAUUGCAAGAAAUAAUUUGAAAAAAGAUUUGCACCGUACUGAGCUUAUUCAAGCUUUGUUCAGGAGUAACUUGACAUUAGCUUUUAUGGAGAAUACCAUUCAAGCAGUUCAAAUACUUUCGGCAAUAUCUGUAGCGGUUUUGGAACGAAAUAGACAUGCUCAGAUGUUUGACCAAAUUUCAAAAUUACCCGUUGUAGCACGGGCAAAACUGUGUUUUCACCAAUUCAAGAAAGAAUUGGAACGAGUACACACUUUACAAGCAAUAAUAAGAAGGAUGCAGUGUGCAGGAAAAUAUGAAACACAUAUGAACUUGGUAGACAAAUUACACUCAUGGUCACAACAGAAAAUAGCAAGGAUAAGAAAAGAGAAGGACCUUAGCAGCGUUGUUUUGAUACAAGCUGUUUUAAAGAAGCAAAGCGCAAUUUUACAAAAAAAUUCUAACCUCAGGGAUAUCAUUACAAUCCAAGCGCUUUCUCGCCGAUUCAUUCUCCAAAAAUCUCUACAAGACUCCUUCACAAGCAUUCAUUCUAUUCAAGCUCUGUUUAGAUCAGCACAAACCCGGUGUGAAACUAAUAACGCUAAUCAUUCUAUGAUGCUGAUUCAAGCAUCUAUGCGUGGUCAUGCCACACGCCAAAUGCUUUCAAUGAGCUUACUUGUUCAUGCAUUAUUUAAAGGAAAGGUCGAGCGAAAGAUGCUAGCAGUUCAUAAACGAGCUGUGACAUUCUUACAGUCCAGAAUAACGAGCCAUCAAUUGAGAGAGGACACCAAACUCAAAUUACGCAGCUGCAAAGAGUUACAAUCUGUAAUGAGAUCUUAUCAAUGUAGCAAAGAUUUUAACACAGAAAGAGCUAGGGCACAAACGCUCUCAGUUCUGUUAAAGGCUGUUGCGGAACGAAAAUACAAGACCAGUUCUUUAGACAAAGUGAUAGUCAUUCAGGCGUUUUUAAGAAAACGAUUAACUGUGUUGGAAUUUCAAUCAUUAUUGAGACAGAUAUCGAAGAUUGAAGCUAUUUGCCUCGGACAUCUUGACCGAAAGAAAUAUGAGGUCAUGAAAGAACAAGUUGUGACCAUUCAGUCCAUGGUGCGAACUUUUGUGGCAUCAAAAGAAAAAAGGUGUCAAUUACAAAUGUUAUCCAAGUUGCAGUGCAUGUCGAGAAUAUACUUGUGUCGAAAGCAACUUGUCGUAACAAAGGACACUCUUCAUAUCAAAAAGAAAAACGAUGUUGCUACAGCCAUUCAGGCAAGCAUGAGAGGCUUCAUGGUCAGAACAGAAUUCAAAACGAAUCUUUCAAAGGAAACAACCAUUUCUGAAUGUGUGAACGCCCUCAUGCAUCGAAAAACAAUUCAAAGCAAAUUUGAGACCAUUAAGUAUUCUUGUCACUUACUACAAGCAAAAAUUCGGCAAUUACAGGAAAGAAAGAAUUAUCAAGCUCAACUUGUCUCAGUUCCAGUUGUUCAAGCACUGUUUCGAGGAAUUAACAUUCGCAAGAAAAACCGAGAGAUCAUCGAGCGUUUAACCAUCAUUCAAUCAGCAAUGAUUAGUUCUCAUGAACGAAAGAACAAUUUCUCACUACUGCAUCGAGCGACUCUGAUAGAAUCUGUGGUGAGAGGUCAUAUGGUUCGCCGUCAUUUGCACAAACUGCAAGACAACUUUUUAUUCAUUCAAGCUCAUUGCAGACAGCUCGUUUGCCAACGCGAUAUCGCUUCAGAAACGAACAGAAUUCACAUGUUGCAAGCUAUUGCUCGCUCAUUCAUCACUCGAACACAGCAUGCAACAGAUGUUAGUCGGCAAAAAGACAACAUAAUCAUAUUGCAGGCAUAUCUGAGAGGAAUUCAACAAAGAAAUCAAGAAAUGAGACAUUUCAAAGAGGAUCAAUCAAAAAUUUUACUUGUUCAAGCGUUAGCAAGAAGAUAUCUUGCAUGUCGCAAGUUGACCCAACUCAAGAUGCAGCUCAAAGAAAAGUUUUCUCUUGUUCGACAGUUCAAAAUGGAAGAGAGAAAGUCUGGCUUGGCAUUGCUGUCAUCUCUCUCAUUGCUUAAUAAAAAGUAG